AUGGCCGUGCGACUGAAUUAUUCGUUCCCCAAGAUUCAGGUUGCUCUACUGGUAGGAAUUGGAGGUGGCGCGCCCAGUGAAGCAGUCGAUAUUCGAUUAGGAGACGUUGUGGUUGGGGUCUCUGAAUAUGGAAACAGUGCCAUAUUGCAAUACUAUCCGACCAGGCGACCUAUGGGUUUUAUAACCGCCCAACCGUCCGUAAGCGUCCUCAACGCGGUGCGCUCCCUUCAAUACUACACUUUAACUCGUGGCAACCCACUUCCCAAGACUUUGAGCAACGUGUUGAAGAGACAUCCGCGGUUGAUUGAUAUCUUUUCCUAUCCAGGAAGUGAGAAAGACCUGCUUUUCGCUGCCUCAUAUGAACAUGUGGAUGGUUCAUUAGAUUGUUCUAAUUGUCGUCCCGACAAACUAAUUAGUCGACCCCCAAGAGCUCCUCCUUGGCCGCAAGUACAUUAUGGACCCAUUGCGUCAGGAAGGAGCAUCAUGAAAAAUGGCCUACGUCGAGACCAAAUCGCACAAGAGUACCGAGUACUUUGCUUUGAGACGGAAGCAGCAGACUUGAACAAGAGAUUUCCUUGCUUGGUCAUUCGCGGUAUAUGUGACUAUGCAGACUCACAUAGGAAUAAAGACUUCCAGGAAUAUGCGGCAGCAACAGCAGCUUGUUAUGCAAAAGAGGUCAUCUCCCGUCUUCCUCGGGAUGGGAUGCAAAGCACCAUCGCGCAUGGACUAGGCGAACCUACGAAGUCUCACGCAACUGAGGUCAGGCAAGAUCGUGCAGCGGCAACGAAACAACAUCCUGACAACAAGAAAGAACAUACAGUGGUAGACGCGCUUACUAAUUCCUCAGCUAAAUACCAGGGCAUUCUUAAUAUCCAACAAGCCGAAGUUGCACUUGAAAGGCUUGUCCAACGAAAGGGGCUGGGAUCAGGUUGGCGGGAAUCAAUGGUUGACCUUCUCAACUUACUUGGCCUGGACAGCAGGCUUCAAACCCGCUAUCUGCUAGCAAACCUUUUAAACGUUCAUACUGGCUCACCAAAUUCGGCCGUGCAAAACACCUCACUUCACCAGGCAGUUCUUCAAGAGUUAGCACGGAAUGGUGGUGAGCUUCCGGCGAACAUGAGAAAUCAGUUAGUCAGUGCCAAAUUUCGCGCGACCAAGCAAGCAUCGAUCAGCGACGAAAGCGACGUUGAAAGCAUUUUUUCAGAUGAUUCAAUAGCCUCUUCACAGUCCUCGUCAAGUCUGACCGCAAAUCCUGCGUUGGAGAUAGCAGACCUGCUCUUGAAAAAUGAAGCUUUGACUCCCCUCUUUGAGAUCGCGUUUGCCAAGUACGAUAUUAGCAGAUUGAGAAAAAAACUGAAACGCUUAAUUUCUGAUUACGGGAGUGAUUUGGAAUCGGAGGCUUCCAGUGACGUCCAAACUGAAGUCGCAAAGUUUGUUCAAGGAGCGGCACGACGAGUCACAAUAGAGCUUACCAGGGCAAUGAUGCCAGAAAUAAAGUAUGACUUCAUCUCAAAUCGCAGGGGAAUCAACAAGCUUCUUGAGGCUUUGCCAGCCAAUCAACAGACACCGACGAAUCCGGUCGAAAAGACGUCUGAUCACUCCCAAGAGCCAUUAGCUGAUAGCGAUUCCGAUCAAUCGGAGCCUGAGAGUGACGUUGCUCUGCAGACUCUCGAGGAGGUUGAACACUUUAUGGUUGUAUCCAGGGCAUUCAACACUCUGGUAGGCAAAUUGCGUAAAUGGCUUGGGGUAUUGGACCAAGACCUUGAUGAAUCAGCGCCAAAUAGACUUUCAGAGACGAGCCAUGCCAUGCUCGGUGAGAUGGACGACAAUAACAACACAGACCGGACAGGUACGCCUUCAUUGCCCGAAACAUCUCAGCAGCAACUCGAGGUUGGUGCAAACCAGACCACGUCUCAAAUGACGGCGCCAAUCCUUGUGCGCCCACUUGUAUCAGCACUUGCCUUGUUGGAACCCAUGUUUUGGCCGAAGCCUCCAGAAGGGUUCAAACGCAUAACAUGGAGGAGUCCUCUUGGAAAACCUCUCUACAUUGAUGUCAGAGAGCGCGUAGAUGGUGCAGCAGAGCGACUGCAAGAAAAAUUCAGAGCAUCUGCUCAAAAGACCUCCGCUACUUCUUCUUCGCCUUCCUCAUAUUCUUCUUCUCCAGGGCCGUCUUCUAGGAGCACAUUCGUUACGACGCCAAGCGCGCCUCCGCCUGCCCAUAUUGUGGGCAGUCCCUCUAACCAGCCCCCUAGGAGGGAACAUGAUGCGCCUGGUCGGACUGUGUCAGCAAUAAUACCAGACCAUGUCCGCCAGAUGGACCGGAAAUAUCUUCUUGUUUGUUUCAGCACACAUAAAUCCGAGAUUCUCAAGGGAAUCGAUGUGACGUUCUUCGCGACGGAUCAAAGUCUCUUUGAUAAUCUUCGCCUCAAUUACCAUGCUAUUAAGACCGAAGAAUCAUGGGUUUCCAAUGUACCAUUCCUAAGAUCAGUGGAGAUGCCGUCUUGGCUCUCCUGGUGUUUGGGUGACUUGCACCUCUUUAAGCCGGAGAAGAUUAACUUUGUAUCUGUAAGUUAUCAAGCAUCUGUCAAACAGCAGUUCCUUAUAUCUUAA